CUUUCCUCCUUGUAGCCGUCAAAAUAGUUUCUUAAUCUCCUUCUAAAGUCAAAACCAUGCUAUGAAUGAUCCUCUCAGUCCAGAAAUUUAAUAUUUUUAUCUCCGAACUGCUAUCUAUCUAUCUAUCUAUCUAUCUUCGAUAUAAAUUAUUUCCUCUGUAUGAUUUCUUCCUCCUCCGCAGCUCAUUGUUGAAGCCAGCCAUGGAGGAAAAGAGCAAUCUUUGCGGCUUUCUUUCUAUUCUCAUCUUUCACUUAGUAAUCAAACCUUCUGCAGCUGCAGCUCCAGCUCUUGAACUCAAUCGAGGCUUCAGAGCAAACUUCGAUCUGUCAUCCGGUUCAUUUCAGCCUCUGCUUUCCGAUCCCACCGGCAUUUUCUCCUUUGGUUUUCUUCGAAUCAACUCCUCCAACCUCGACCUUGCCGUCGUCCACCUCCCUUCCAACCAGUCAGUCUGGCGCGCCAUGGCUGCACAGCCGGGAGAACUCUCCCGCUCAGCCUCGCUCUACUUCAACGGCUCUCUAGUCUUCUCCGACCGAGAAACAGGGGUUUUGUGGUCCUCUCCGGCGGUCUCCGGCGACCGGGUGGUUCUCCUCAACUCCUCCAAUUUGCAGAUACGGAAAAUUGCCGAGCCCAUCGUCGUUCUCUGGCAAAGCUUCGAUUUUCCUUCGGACACAAUUGUUCAAAAUCAGAACUUUACAUCAAACGCUGCUCUGUUUUCUUCAAAUCAGCGCUAUUCGAUGAGACUAGGCUCCAACUACCUCGGCCUGUUCAUGGAAUUCGGGGGAGGAGUUGAUGAACCGAUGUAUUGGAAGCGAACGGCCUUGGAAGCGAAGAACCAGAUCGUCGCGGGCGACGGACCGAUCUACGCGCUGCUGAGCCCGCUGGGUUUCCUCGGUUUGUACCAAAAGGAAAACGCGCCGGUGGAUGAGUUAUCCUUCGAUAGCUUCGCAAGGGGGAUCACCGGAUUCAGGCGGCUCACUCUUGAGGCCGACGGGAAUCUCAGAGGAUAUUACUGGAACGGCACGAUUUGGGUGUCGGACUACAAAGCCAUUUCUAUGCUCUGCGAGCUUCCAAGUGCCUGCGGGGCUUAUGGACUUUGCAGCGCGGAGGAGAAGACGUGCAGCUGCAUCGAUAGCCGCAGCGAAGGUUGCUUGGAGGCGGAUUCCGGCAAUCUCUGUGGUAGCGGAAAUGAUGAUUUCUGGGUGCUGAGGAGAAAAGGCGUAGACUUGGCGAACAAAGAGCUGCUCGGGUUCAUAAAGGUGAAAUCUUUGAAUGAAUGUGAGGGAUUGUGCGAGCGGAAUUGCAGUUGUUGGGGCGCGGUGUAUAACAAUGGAACCGGAUAUUGUUACAGAAUGGAAUAUCCGAUUCAGACGGUGAUGGAGGUUGGAGAUGAGAACAAGAUUGGUUUUUUCAAGGUGAGGGUCACCGGAAAUCAUGGCGGAGGAGGUAAUAAAGGGAGGAAGACGGCGGAGGCAUUGGUGGCGGUCGGUGUUCUGGCGACCGCCGCGGUGGUCGGAGUUGUGGUUUAUCGGUGGUGGAGAGGGAGGAGGAGAAGAGGAGAAGGAGAGAAUGGUUCGAUGGUGGAGGGUCUGGCAUCUGGGCCGUACAGGGAUCUUAAUUCAUGGUCCUUUAGAUCGAUUGAGUUGGCCAACUCGUUUAGGAAAUGAGAAAAUCUCCGGCGAGAACAAUACCGGCGGCGAUCCGAUUCAUUCUCCGGUCAUGGAAUGUCUCCUAGCGUCGCCGCCGGCGAGGAG